AGUAAGAGAGAGAGAGAGUAAGAGAGAGAGAGAGAGAGAGAGAGACAGGGAAGAGGAAAGACAAGCAGUUCUUUUGAGAGUGCUUCAGUGAAGGAGCUGAAGAGACUCAGGCAGGAUUAGAAGGAGGCGUGUAGGCAAGAGGUCGCGUGCACAGGUGUUCCACUUACAUUAGAUCUGUGUGUGCGUGUGUGUGAGAUAUCACAUUAGUGCCAUCAGUAAAGUGUGUGUGUGUGUGUCGAUUGUCAUGGAGCUUGAGCGUCUUGGGGGUGGGGGGGUCAAGCCUGAGGGGGCAAACGGACGUCUUCUGAAACCAGCUCUGGCUGUGUGUGUGUGUCUCUGCGCCGCUCUGCUCCUCGCUGUCAUCCUGGUUUCCCAGAGAAACGUUGCAGACGAGGAUCUGUGUCUGACCCCACAAUGCAUCGAAGCAGCGGGCUCCAUCCUCAGUAAGAUGGACCGGUCCGUGUCCCCCUGUGAGGACUUCUAUGGUUUCUCCUGUGGGGGCUGGCUCAAGGACAACCCUAUCCCCGAAGACUCCUCCUCCUACGGCAUCUACCCUUGGCUCCGUCAGCACGUCGACAUCAGGCUCAAAGAGUUACUGGAGGCACCGUCAGAGGCCAGUGAGCUGGAGGCAGUGAGCAAGGCCAAGGUUCUCUACCGGUCCUGUAUGAACGAGGCCGAGUUAGAGCAGGUUGAUGCCACUCCUUUGCUGAAGGAACUUCAAAUCCCAGAGUUCCGCUGGCCAGUUGUGGGGGAGGGGCUAGGGGGGGAGUGGCAGUGGUUACCAGAGCAAUGGGACCUCCUGAAGACAUUGGCCGAGAUCAGAAACCAGCACAGCAAGAGUAUUUUAAUUCGCCUGUACGUCGCCCCCGACGACAAAAACUCCUCCUACUACAUCAUCAAGUUGGACCAGGCCUCUCUGUCUCUCUCCUCCAGAGAGGACUACAUCACGAACUCCUCCUCGGCACAGGAAUACCGUGCUGCCUUGCUGAGCCUGAUGGUAGAUGUAGCUGUGAUGCUGGGAGCCAGACAGGAGACAGCAGAGCCUCAGAUGAGAGAUGCUCUUGCCUUUGAGGUCAAACUUGCUAAAAUUCUGAUUCCCUAUGAAAACCGCACCAGUGAGAACAUGUACAACAGAUACACACUCUCCCGCCUGCAACGCAGCAUCCCUCAGUUUUCCUGGCUGUCCUUCAUAACGGCCGUGACAGAGUCCAAGGCAGAUCUGUCAGUGUCGUCAUCUGAGCCUGUCAUUGUCCGUGCCCCUCUCUACCUGAAGGAGCUGUUCAAACUGAUCAAUACCACCGAGCCCAGGACUGUAGCUAAUUACGUCAUUUGGAGAACAGUUUUUUCUAGGAUCACCACUCUCAGCCGACGCUUUCUCUAUCGCUACCUGGACUUUGCAAGGGUCACCACAGGAACAACCUCUCUGACGCCGCGCUGGGACAAGUGUGUGAACUACGUAGAGAACACUCUUGUUUACUCCACAGGCCGCCUCUUCAUCAACACACACUUCCAGGAGGACAAGAAACACAUGAUGGAGGAGCUGAUAGAUGGGAUUCGCUGGGCCUUCAUUGACAUGCUGGAGAAAGAGAAUGAGUGGAUGGAUGCAAAGACAAAGAAGAGAGCUACUGAGAAGGCUCAUUCAGUGCUGGCCAAAGUGGGCUAUCCUGAGUUUAUUUUGAAUGACACCUACCUGAAUGAGGACAUUAAAGAGCUCCACUUUUAUGAGAACGACUACUUUGGAAAUGUCAUGCAGACGCUCAAGUUCAUCGCCCAAUCAGAUCUGGGCUGGCUUCGGAAGCCCGUUCCUCGUACUGAGUGGUUCACCAAUCCCACGACAGUCAACGCCUUCUACAGCUCCUCAACCAAUCAAAUCAGGUUCCCUGCUGGUGAACUGCAGAAACCUUUCUUCUGGGGGCGAGAAUAUCCUCGGUCUCUGAGCUAUGGGGCCAUUGGGGUGAUAGUAGGACAUGAGCUGACACAUGGCUUUGACAACAAUGGCCGUAAGUAUGAUAAAGAUGGUAACCUGGACCAGUGGUGGACCAACUCCUCCAUAGUAGCAUUCAAUGAGAAAACCCAGUGCAUGAUCGACCAAUAUAACGGCUACCACUGGGAGGAGGCGGGGCUAAACGUGCGGGGGAAGAGGACUCUGGCAGAGAACAUUGCUGACAAUGGAGGGAUAAGAGAGGCUUUCAGGGCCUACAGGAAGUGGGUAAAACAGAGCAGGGGGGGCAUGGAGGAGCCUCUGUUGCCAGGAGUCGGACUGAACAACAACCAACUGUUUUUCUUGAGCUACUCACAUGUGCGCUGUAACUCAUACAGACCUGAAGCUGCGAGGGACCAGAUCCAGAGUGGAGCCCACAGCCCUCCCAAAUACAGGGUCGUCGGGGGCGAUGAGUAACUAUGAGGAGUUCCGCCGAGCGUUCAACUGCCCUGAUUCGUCAGCCAUGAGUCGAGGGGCGGAGUCUUGUCGGGUGUGGUAGCCAGCGGUCGCCCCCUGACUGACCAGGGGGAACACAACCAGACCAUGAACCACAGUAGGACCAGCUAUCAGAACGCUAGUAUUCAAGCUGUGGUCAACCUCAGACAACUGACCCUCCAGCUAUACAAUCACUGACUCUUCUUUCGUAAAGCUGUUUAUGUUUUAAUUUAGACUAUUGAAGUAUGAGUCUGUCUAAUGUGUGUGUGUGUGUGUGUGUGUAUGUGUGUGUGGUUGUGUGUGUUCGCUUGCUUGUUAACAAGAUUUCCUGCUUUCUGUUGCUCUAAGGGUGGCUGUCAGUUGGCUCCAGUUCUGCGUUGAUUCUGUGUUUCUUGGUUCUACAUGUCUUAUCCUUAAUUACCUUUUGUAUUGGUUAUAAUUUGAUGAAUUGGUUAUAAUUUGAUGAUGAUUUUGAUGUGUUUCUGUUAUAAUGGUUAUCUACUGUAUGAUGAUGCUUGUUUACAGUGUGGCUGUGUGGCUGUGUGAGCGUGCGAGUGUCAGACAGAGAAAGAGAGAGAGGGA